AUGGCCAGCGAUGGCUCUGAGGAAUAUGUCUUUGCCAUUCCCAACUUCUGGCGGCCGUCAAAGCUGCUGCUGGACCAGGAGGCAGAAACAGCGGCCAGCUUCUUUUCUAAUGAUCUCACAAAUGCUCUAUCCAGCCCAGACUCGGAUCCCUUCGCGCUCGAGCCCAUAACGCCAACCCACGAUGGCUUCUUCAAGCUCGUAUCAGUCCAGGAUAUUCCCACAGAUGAACCGGAGAAGUCAUCCGAGGGCCUCCCUGUAGCCCUCGAUAGCGAUGAUGAAGACAUGCCCGAUAUUUGGCUAGAGCCAGGAGUGCCCGCCGAACCGAAACCUCCAUAUAGAUCCGAGGCUGGCCCGGCUGCGUACGACGCUUUGCUAUUCUCUUCAAGCGACCCUCUCAAGCUCAGGAAUGUUGGCGUCCCCGUGGUUGAUACGAAGACGUACUUGUCUUCACUGUUGGCUUUGGCACUUGGUGGAGAGUCUGUUCUCUUUACUAGAAAGGACGGAACUCAGGGCCUUAAGCCUUCCCUUCCUAAAAUGAGGGCCUCGGGGUACUCUAGCAAUGUCCUACAGGCGCUUGAAAACAAGUGCCUGAGAUGCGGUAGCACCUUGAUAGGACUGCGCACCUUUGUGCAUUCCGCGUACUCGGAACAUCCAAGCCGAUGCGGUGUGGCCCUUGCCAGCACUGUCAGCCAGGUUUUACAGGUUGUACAAGAAUGGGUGGCCUUUAAUGGGCGGAAUCCUCGCUCGCUUCUGCAGCUUCAAUCCACCGUCAACUCGAUGGUAGCCAUUCUACGACCCUUCAAGGCGCUCACAUCACAGCUGCGCCACGGUCUUACAGAUGAGGAUAUUCUGAACCUCGUGUUUCAUCAAGCAUAUUCGGUGGAUAGCAACGAAGAGUACCUCCGUCAGAUCAUGCGAGAAGUACUGCGGAGAGUCUCUGGGCCCUGGAUCGAGUUUCUCGAAGAGUGGAUUGGAACAAGACGUGAGCAAGGGCUGCCCUUUACCAAGGCCAAUCUUGGAGAAAGCAAAGGGUUUGUCAAGGUCGAGGCACGAGUUUUUCGGGACGAUUUCGGCCGGGAGCUCGCAGAGGUCGACUACGUCCUAGACGCGGGCAAGAUGCCGCGCUUUAUGCCCGACGAUGUGACGGAGACAAUAUUUGAGACUGGGCGCAACUUGCGAUUUAUCCGCACUUUCCAUGAAGACCACCCACUCGCUCAACAGGACGUCAUUGCGUCUAGUGAUCCUCCUCAGGCCAAGUGGCUUUAUGACUGGGAGGCCAUACUGCGCCUUGAGAGUCAAGCUGUUGCGUACCGCGACUUUCUGGUCGAUGCCAUCCACUCAAGCCGCCCCGACUAUUCUUAUGACCCCAUGGAAAUUUCCAUGUAUUCAUUGGGCGAAAAGCCCGGCUCUAUCCUUACUUACUUUGGACUGGAUCAGGUUGGCAUGGAAGAGCAUAUUGCCGCGUCCAUGGAGCAAUUUGCUCAGCCAGUUGCCACACACGACGCAGAGGAUCCCCUCAGCAGGAUUGUUCGCGAUAGACUCUGCGGAACACAUGCCUCAGCUAUUGAGCUCUCGAACUCUACGCCGCAUUGGACGUUGCUUCCGGUUCUUUCGUUUGGUGUCAUUGCCUCGGCGCAGGCCCAAGUGGUCAACAAAGAGACUCUCAAGCUCCUAUUUACUGCACACAAUCUGCGAGAUCAUCUGAAGUUGCAGCGAGAGUUUCAGCUUCUCGGAAAUGGCAAUCUCUGCAGCCGUCUCUCUCAUGCUCUAUUCGACCCCGAUAUGGAGUCGGCACAAAGGAGGCCAGGGGUCGCAAGGAGGAGCAAUGUCAUGGGCUUGCGGCUGGGAGGCCGCGACAACUGGCCCCCAGCGACUUCAGAGCUGCGACUAGCAUUGAUGGGCAUACUUUCUGAAUGCUAUGGCGCUGAUGAAGACGGCAAGAAAGUUGUCAGGAAUGAACGCAUUUUUGACAAGGAGGUUUCUGGCUUGCCCGGCAACAUGAGCUUUGCCGUGAGAGACUUGUCUGACGAGGAAAUCAACCAAUGCAUGAACCCCGACUCCCUCGAAGCCUUGGACUUUCUUCGCCUUUCCUAUACAGCGCCGCCGCAGCUAAGCCCCAUCAUCACGCCGAUGAACUUGAUGCAAUACGACUACAUCUUCAAGCUUCUGUUGCGAGUCCUGCGCAUGAUAUUUGUUGUCAACCAGCUUUUCCGCGAUGCCAACUCGUUGGCUCGUGAAUGGGAAGAUCCUGGCGAUGCAACGCUCCGCUUCGUAAGAGAAGCGCAACAUUUUGUGUCCAGUGUGUCAGCGUAUUUUCUGGACACGGGCAUCGGUGUUCCUUGGCGAGUGUUUGAAAAGAAGCUGGACAAAAUCGAGGCGGAUCUCCACCGACCAACUACGAAUAGCUCGUCAGAAGAGGUCCAGAGCCCUGACAAAUUGCAGGAACUUCAUUCUCUCGUUCUAGAUCGAAUCAUGCUGGCUUUAUUCCUGCGAAAGAAGCAGCAGCCAGUACUGAAGCUACUAGAGGACAUCUUUAACAAUAUUUUGCGAUUUGCCAAACACAUAAGGCUUCAGCGAUUGGGGGUGGAAGACGAUCUCGCCCCGGCGACUCUGUACGCAGAAUUCAAGAAGAAGGUGCAAAUUUUCAUCACAGUCUGUCGAAGCCUGUCAGAGAAGGCUCGCCGCACAGACGGUAAGAGAGGGAGGGAAGACAGGAUAUUCAAGGAGCAAUACGGGACUGGCGAUGACAGUAUGGUGGCCCAGCUUCUGGUCAAGCUGGACAUGUUUGAUUAUUAUCUCAAGCGGCAGUAG